GCCAAUUCAAUAAACAUUCCUUAUCAUUAAUAUCACUAGAAAUAGUUAUUGUCCCUUAAAAUGGCUAUGCAGUUAGUAACAUUAUUGUUUAUUGUGAUACUCAAUAUUACUUCAACAUUUGCAACCACAUUGAAUGAAGCCUAUGGUGAUGAUAUUGGAUGUCCAUUAGGGACAGGCAUUUACCAAUACACUUGCCCUGAAGCAGAGGCCAUUAUAUUCUCUUGGGUGGAACAAGCUGUCUCUGAAGACCCAAGAAUGGCAGCUUCAUUGCUAAGGCUUCAUUUCCAUGAUUGUUUUGUUAAUGGUUGUGAUGCUUCAGUCUUGCUGGAUGACACAGAAGACUUCGUUGGUGAGAAAACUGCUGCUCCAAAUUUGAAUUCACUUAGAGGAUUUGAAGUUAUCAAUGAAAUAAAAUCUGAACUAGAACUAGUUUGUCCACAAACAGUUUCUUGUGCUGACAUACUUGCAACAGCUGCUCGAGAUUCAGUUCUUCUGUCAGGAGGUCCAACUUGGGAUGUUCAAAUGGGAAGAAAAGAUAGUAUAACGGCUAGCAAGAAAGUUGCAAAUAAUAACAUUCCAGGCCCAAACUCAACUGUUGAUGUGCUUGUGGCUAAGUUUGAAAACGUUGGACUUACACUUCAAGACAUGGUUGCUCUCUCAGGUGCGCACACAAUAGGAAAAGCUCGCUGCUCAACAUUUAGCUCUCGCUUACAAAGUAGCAGUAUCUCAGAUGGUUCAUUUGUUAAUGCUGAUUUUGUUGCAUCAUUGCAACAGCUAUGUUCAGGACAAGAUAAUAGCAACCAAAUUGCGCAUCUUGACCUGGUUACACCAGCUACAUUCGAUAACCAAUACUAUAUUAAUCUUCUCUCUGGGGAAGGAUUGCUUCCAUCAGAUCAGACUCUUGUGAAUGGGAAUGAUCAGACACGCCAGAUAGUCGAAACCUACGUCGAGAACCCAUUCAUUUUCUUUGAGGACUUCAAGAAUUCGAUGUUAAAACUAGGAGGCUUGGGAUCAGUUACUCAGAGUAACGGGCAGAUUCGCAGAGAUUGCGGAGCUGUUAAUUAGCUAAUUUAAACAAAGUUGCUAACGCUCUAUGUAAACGUUGUAUGGUGGCAGCGUGCUAUUUGAUCAUUAGAAAAAUCAUGCUCGCGUACAAGAUGAAAAUGUACUACUAAUUAAUGAUUACUUGAAUCAAGCUUUGAUUAGCUUUUUAUAACCAAAGGUGAGAGCCGUUAUUUCCUUGUGCACGUAUGAUUUUAUUAGGUAAAACAUAAGCACCACAUGAACUUCAUAAAUUGUCUCUAAAUUAAUGGUUAAGUUAUAAUAAUUUAUAAAUAACGCAAAGCCUAUGUUACACGGUGAUCUGGGUAGAGCAUUUCCUUACUGACCCCUCACAGCCCUUACUGCUGAGCCAGUCAGUGAUUGUGAAAUCUCAACAAU